UGCGCAGAGUACCGGAAGUUCCGCCUCAUCGUGAACUGGGACAGCAAGCGCGUUUGACCUGCACACAGCUGAUCUCUGUGUUCUCCUGGUUCCAGCACCCCCUACAGUGUAUGUGUGGUAACAACAUGUCUGUGCCGCUGCUCGCCGAGGCCGUGACGGUGUCCGGGACAGAGAAGGAGACCGCCGCGGUGAUCUUCCUUCAUGGAUUAGGAGACUCAGGGCACGGCUGGGCCGAGACGCUGACGGGGAUCCGGCUGCCUCACGUCAAGUUUAUCUGCCCUCAUGCGCCCAGAAUCCCCGUCACUCUCAACAUGAAGUCCAUGAUGCCGGCGUGGUUUGACCUCAUGGGUCUGAGCCCCGACGCUCCGGAGGACGAAUCUGGAAUCAAGAGGGCUGCAGAAAGCAUCCGGGCCAUAAUCGAUCACGAGGCCAGAAACGGGAUCCCUCCUCACCGUAUAAUCAUUGGUGGUUUUUCUCAGGGUGGAGCUUUGUCCUUGUACACCGCCCUGACCUCCCACUAUCAGCUGGCCGGCGUGCUGGCCCUCAGCUGCUGGCUUCCUCUUCACAGGAGUUUCCCUUCGGCGUCGAGCGGUCACAAGAACCUCCCCAUCUUGCAGUGCCACGGAGAAAUGGACAUGAUGAUUCCGGUGCAGUUCGGUGCCAUGACGGCAGAGAAACUCAAAUACAUAGUUGACCCUCAGAUGGUCACCUUUAAAAGCUACCCAGGGGUCAAUCACAGCUCAUGUCCCCAGGAGAUGGCAGAUGUAAAGGAAUUUAUUGAGAAGUAUUUGCCCCGGAUUUGACCUCACCUCAGUCCGACUGUGACCCCCCCAUCCCCAACGCCCUCCGAGACACUGACCUCUGACCCCUGAUCUGCUCUCCUCCUGCAGGAAACAGCCAUGAGCACUCACAAACACACAUUUAAUAGUUAAUUUAACCUGCACAGCUGAUCAGAGCUCCUCUUACACUCCAACCUGCAAACAUUCUUCAGUCUUGGCCUUCGGAGGGAGAAACUCUGACUCUUACUGCGCAUGCCCCCUUUUUUUUUUAUUAAAAUCCUCUACCUGUUG